AUUGAAUUGACAAUUGAAAUCAAUAAAAAAUUCAGAACGUAAUAAAGAUUGAAGAAAACAAAAGCAACAGAAAGAAAACACAAAACAAAACCUUAAAAAUGAAGUCCUUACAGUCACUACAAGUGUAUACAGUAUUGUUUGUAUUCACAAGCAUAGUCAUAUCGAUGGCCAGUGGACGUGUGGCAUUUGAGAAAUUAACCGAUUUCGAUUUCUCCGGCCAAACGUACUACAGUGUAAAGAAUCUAUCGUUGUACGAAUGUCAAGGAUGGUGUCGCGAAGAACAAGACUGUCAAGCUGCCGCCUUUAGUUUCGUGCUGAAUCCACUGACACCCGCACAAGAGACAUUAUGUCAAUUGCAAAACGAUUCAAGCGCACACAAUCCCAGCGCCGUACCACAACGAUCGGCUAGCUUGUAUUAUAUGGUCAAAUUACAGUUGCGAAGUGAUAACAUUUGCAUGCGACCAUGGGCAUUUGAGCGUGUACCAAACAAAAUUAUUCGCGGUUCUGACAAUGCAUUGAUUUACACCAGCACAAAAGAAGCUUGCUUAUCGGCUUGUUUGAAUGAGAAACGAUUCGUGUGCCGUUCGGCUGAAUAUGAUUAUAACAAUAUGAAAUGUGUACUUAGCGAAGCAGAUCGUCGAACAACGGGUCAAUUUGUGCAAUUAGUUGAUGCCCAAGGAACCGAUUAUUUUGAAAAUUUGUGCUUAAAACCAACACAAGCAUGUAAGAAUACGCGUAUCUUCCAAAAUCCACGGAUUGGUGUUGCCGAUGAGAAAAUUGCACAGUAUGCCGGCUUACAUUAUUAUACGGAUAAAGAGUUGCAAGUUACAUCGGAGCCUGCCUGUCGUUUGGCUUGUGAAAUUGAAUCGGAAUUUUUGUGCCGUUCAUACUUGUUCAUGGGACAACCACAAGGCUCACAAUACAAUUGCCGUCUUUAUCAUUUGGAUCACAAGACAUUACCAGAUGGACCAUCAACUUAUUUGAACGGUGAACGGCCAUUGAUCGAUCACGGCGAACCAACUGGACAGUAUAGUGAAAAUUUCUGCGAAAAAACUUCAACAGCGAGCCCAAUUUCAGAUUUACCAAUAAAUGUUGAUCCAGUCGAAGUCGAUGUGAAUUUAACCAAUUUCACUCGAUCUGAUGCCAAUUGCGAUAAAACUGGAACUUGUUACGAUGUUGCUGUGCAUUGCAAAGACACACGCAUCGCUGUCCAAGUCCGUACGAAUAAGCCAUUCAAUGGCAGAAUCUAUGCAUUGGGCCGAUCUGAAACGUGCAACAUUGAUGUCGUCAACUCCGAUUCAUUCCGAUUAGAUUUAACAAUGGGUGGCCAAGAUUGUAAUACACAGAGUGUGGUAAGAACACACUUAGACCGCACCGGUGUCUAUUCGAACACAGUUGUCUUGCAACACCACAGCGUUGUUAUGACAAAGGCUGAUAAAAUCUACAAAGUUAAAUGCACCUAUGACAUGAGCUCGAAAAAUAUUACCUUCGGAAUGAUGCCAAUCCGCGAUCCUGAAAUGAUUCACAUUAACUCAUCGCCAGAAGCUCCACCGCCAAGAAUUCGUAUUUUGGACACACGUAGCCGUGAAGUUGAAACCGUUCGUAUUGGCGAUCGUCUUACAUUCCGCAUUGAAAUUCCUGAAGACACACCAUAUGGUAUUUUUGCUCGUUCAUGCGUCGCAAUGGCCAAGGAUUCAAAGAGUACAUUCCAAAUUAUCGAUGACGAAGGCUGUCCAGUUGAUCCGACAAUUUUCCCUGGUUUUACACCCGAAGCGAAUGCACUGCAAUCGGUUUAUGAAGCUUUCCGUUUCACCGAAAGUUAUGGCGUUAUCUUCCAAUGUAAUGUAAAAUACUGUUUGGGACCAUGUGAACCGGCCGUUUGUGAAUGGGGACGUGACUCGCUUGAAUCAUGGGGAAGAAAACGUCGUUCAAUUGCAAGCAAUGAAACACAAGAAAAUGAAGAAGAAACAAAUAUUUCGCAAGAGAUCUUAGUGUUGGACUUUGGUGAUGAAAAGAGCGAAUUUUUGCGAAGUGGCGGUGAAUCGGAUUUCAACGGAGAUAAAACCGUUACAAUAAUCGAGCCAUGCCCAACAAAGACGUCCGUAUUUGCGUUAGCUGUAACAUGUGCCUUGAUGAUUUUAGUAUACCUAUCAACAAUAUUCUGCUAUUUCAUGAAAAAAUGGAUGCAACCACAUAAACUGAUGGCUUAAAGCUACAAAUAAACACCUAGACGAACUAUUUAACUGCUAAAACAUAAAUACAUUGAGUAAUAGGCUUACUAGUAAAGUAUAAAUUUGAUCAAUUGAGCACAAGCAUUUUGGUGUUUUAUGAUUUAACACGAAUUUGCAUUUUAAAUGGAACAAAAUAUGAUUUAAUUCUUUUUUUAUUACAUUAGCUUAUAUUGGUCGAGAAAAAACCGAUAAAUUCUAACUGCAAAGUAGAUACGGAUUGAUACCUCCGUCCGAUCUAUUUAAAACACUGACAGCUAGCCUACUGAUAGACUAGGUUAUUUUGUCUGCUCUUUUAAAUGAAAACUUAGCAUUAGAGUUAGAUUUAAAUGAUAAAAAACAACACAAACAACUGCUAAUGCAAAACAUAAGUAUUUAUAUUUCUUUGAAAACAGUAACAAUUAUUUAAAAGAGAACUAGCUUAGCAACAAUGUGGCAUUACACAAGAACAAACACUAAAUUCAAAGAGCAAUACCACCAUGCGCAGUUCGCACACACCUGCAGAGACAAACACUCAACGCAUUUAUUUUAUAUGAAUUCAUGCUACUCACAAUUCACGAGCACACUUUUCUCCCAAACCGCGCCUGAUUAAAUGAUUGAAAAAGAAAUUGUUUUAAAUUUAUGUUCAUCAUCAAUCGAUUCAUGCAUUUCAUUUUAUUUAUUUAUUCAUUACAUUUUUUAUCGCGAGAAUAUUUUGAUCAAUUUUUUUCUUUUUCUUCCAAACAUAACUCCCUUCCAAAGGUGCUUAAAUAAUUUUUCUUUUGAAUUGUUUGUUCUUUUUUUAUUAAAUUGAAAUUUAACAUUCGAACGAGAAAUAUAUAAAUCUUAAUCGCAAAGUCGCUCUUAAUCAUUUUUAGAAAAAUUCUAUUUAUUUAUUUGAAUUGGCAAAACUAAUUUUUCCCAUUUAAAAAAAAAACAUUUCUAGCAUUUAAGUAAGA